UGCUGAACGGGCUUGGGCUUAUGCGAUGCAGCUGAAGCAGGAAUCAAAUACCGAACCUCGUAAAAGGUUUCAUUUAGUCAGCAAAUUAAGAAAGGCAUGUUCUUAUGCUCUGCAAUUGCAGGAAUUGUGCAAUAAUUAUGCAAUCGAUGUUUGUGUUAUUUGCUUUCCUUGUCACUUCGGCAGCUUUCUGUAAUGGACAAUUCUUUUAUCAUCAACAUUUAGCCCCUGUCUCACAACCCUAUGCUCAUCCGUCUGUUGUAGCAAAUGCCCAUCGCGAAGCUCAAUUGCCACCAGAACUUUCGAAGAGUAGUCGCUUUUACAGUAAUCCCAACAUUGCAGCAGCAUUGGCCAAACAAUCCUGGUUCACAGAUAAAGAAAUGCCAGUUAUAGAUCGUGAAGCUGAGAAGAUACCCCGUGAUAUGGUAUACAAGUUAUUUAAAAAUGCAGGUUAUAUCAAACGUAGAUGAAAUUGAGAAAAUAAUUAAUUUUCUUUUCUUAUCUAAAUGUGUAAUAAAUAAAUUAAUGUAAUUAAUCGUUUAAAAGUAAAUUUAUUUUAAAGUAUAAAUGUUAAGUUAUUUACAUAAAUAUACAUAUACCUAUGUACUAUUUUUAAGUAUAAUAAAAUGUUAAUGAAAUUUUUUAUGAAAA